AUGAACACAAAUUGUCACAAAAUUCUCGAAGUUGAAAGACCGGAAAUCUGUGGACACAAGAUGGCGCACUUCAUAAUAAGAAGUUGUUGUAGAUUUCCCUCCUCAUCAGGGAUUAGGCGCUUUACAAACCACCAAAGUUUCCACCUAAAGCGGUGUAUAAAAACUCGGUUAUGUGUCCUACCUCCGUGUGGAGUCGGAGGAGCGCUUGCUCUGCGGGCGUACAGCUCCGACCGCGGCGACCCAAAGCCCCAUCAGAAGGUGGUGGUCGUCGGUAUCCCCAACCCUUUCAUCUGGCUCCGAACGCGGGUCUACUAUUUCCUCAUUAGAGCCUAUUUUGAUUCCGAGUUCAACAUCGAGGAGUUCACGGAAGGGGCGAAACAGGCUUUCUUCCAUGUUUCCAAGCUGCUGUCACAAUGUCAGUUUGCUGCUCUCGAAGGGCUGGUGGCCAAUGACUUAAUAGGAAAGCUGGAGGAGAAAUGCGGCCUUCUCCCGCCAAACUACAAGACGGCGUUGUUGGCGAGGCCUGACGAGCUCAUGUACACCACACCGGGCGAUGUAGGGAUCUACUACGAUGACAAGGGGAGACGGUUUGUGAGUAUUUUGAUGCGUUUCUGGUACCUGACCAGUGCCCGUCUGCCAGAAGAUAGUCUGGAGGGAACCCGUGUCUUUAAGGUGGCCAUCGGAGGAGAGGGGGAGGCGGAAAGCAAGAGGCUGCUAACCGCUAACUAUGAAUUUCAAAGGGAGUUUACCAAAGGGGUGGCGCCAGACUGGACGAUUACACGGAUAGAGCACUCCAAGCUUUUGGAUUGA